AUGGAUAUUCCACCUGCUUCCAACUCAUUCAAUAACCAGUGGACUGGCAUGGCCUCCGAAGAUGAUCGCCCGUUGCACAAUGUGGGGGUUGCCGCUCUAGCCGCUGUAUCGCAAUAUCCGCAUCCUGUGGAUGAGAGUGAUUCGUUCUUGGUAUCACAGGUUGUCACUGCUGUCACUGCAAGCGGUCAACCACGUUUUGAUCAGUCUGAAUACAGGGGCCUGGAGGCAGACGCAGAUAGCUCAGGCACCGAUCGCCCGCGGGAAUUUACGUACCUGGAGGCAGACAGCAACACACUAUCUGAAUCAGACCUUUCUUCCAGAUCCCCCGUCUAUGAAGGUGAAGAUGACCAAGUAGAUAUGGAAAGCAUCAUACAUGAUCUGAUUGGACGAACCUUGAGCUGGCAAAACACCGCUACUAUUGCCAGCUCACAUGACUACAAUGCUUUCCAGAAAGAUAUGGUGAAGGAUUAUGAGCCGGGGUUCGAAAAUUAUUCAUCGUCGCCUUCUUCUGGGUCAGAUAAUGACCUUGAAGAGAUGAUCAAGUUUUACCCCGACGAGGAAGAAUAUCUGCACCAAUACAACGCGUCACUCUCCCCCGAUACUCCGACUAUGCACGAUGUGGAUCUAGACGAAUUCUAUGAUCGGGUCACCUACGAGGAGCCCCAACUGGAGGAUCCCCAGCCACCUGGGGAUACUACACCACCUGGAGGACCCUUCCCCGACGCAGUCGAUGACCCGGAAACCCAACACGCGUCUAUUAUUCACACAACCACUUACGAACGCAACUACACGAUCGAUGAGUUCAUUCACCGUUGGAUGGUUCCACCCGUGGUGGAAGAUGCGACCAGUCCUAGAGGGAGAAUGCCCGCGCAGCUCCGCCCAAUCACGAAAAUGCUCGACUGGAAACCGCUUGAUCAUAUCUAUCGACCCGCCCGAUUCAGACGCGAGUUCUUUGACUUGCAGCAGAUCCCAUGGAAGGAAAUUCUCAAAGUGAAACGAGUCGAUGCUCGAAUCCUCCGCGAUGCUUGGUAUACUUCAUACCAUAAUGUAAACAACUCGCACAACAGUCAUGCAGCACUACUCCCACACAGCGAAACGUAUUUCCGCGCGAAAUCAAUGCAUACUGCACACAAGGCUUCGAUCGAGCAUUUCCAGCUCCGCAAUUUAAUGUCGGUCCCAGCAUACAAUACUGUCCACUUCGCCAGUCGGUCGAAAAUUCAUUCGUGGAGUCCCAGUGUCGAGGAUUUCCGCCCCCUCAUUGACCUGAGUCAACCAGAUCCAGAUGUGGGGAUCCGCGGCCCAGUGAAAAUCUCAAGCAUGAAAUCCGAUCUCGGUCUCGUUAUUGCAGGCGGGUUCUAUGGCGAGUAUGCUGUGCAGGCUGCGGAUGGAGGGGGAACUGGUGCGCGGGGAUUAGUGACGCCCGAUUACAAUGACGGUAUCACAAACCACGUGGAUAUUAUUCGCAAUCGGACUGGCCGAUCGCCGAUCUGCGUGUUCGCAUCCAAUGAUCGACACUUACGGAUUCUGGACUGCGAGACCAACACCUUCCUCUCUGAUCAAGAACUUUCCCGCCCUAUCAAUUGUACGGCUACUUCGCCUGACAGUCGUCUUCGCGUGGUUAUCGGUGACUCGCCAGAUGCAUGGGUCAUCGAAGCAGAUACCGGUCGUCCGGUUCAUCCCCUACGAGGACAUCGUGAUUUCGGAUUCGCUUGUGCAUGGUCGCCCGAUAUGCGCCACAUCGCGACUAGUAAUCAGGACCGGACAGUCAAUAUUUGGGAUGCUCGGACGUGGCGCGUUCUCACUAGCAUUGAUUCGGACGUUGCGGGUUAUCGAUCUUUGCGCUUCUCUCCUGUAGGUGGUGGCUCACGUACCUUGCUCUGCUGUGAACCAGCCGAUCGGAUCUCUAUCAUCGAUGCCCAACUUUAUCAGUCUCGACAGGUACACGAUUUCUUUGGUGAGAUUGGUGGCGCGGACUAUUCGCCAGAUGGUAGUAAUAUCUGGGUUGCGAAUACAGACCCCCACUUUGGCGGGUUUAUGCAGUAUGAACGUCGUCAAUGGGCUGCUGGGUAUGGACUUACGGAUCCGCCGAAUGAGUGGGUUCGGGAGAAAGAUCUGGACGCGGAUGAUCGGUGUGUGAUGAAUUCUCGCGAGAGAAAACUCCGAUUCCUGCGUAAUUUGUCUGAUCGGGAACAUUCUAUGUUUUCGCCUUAG